AUGGGCGCUCCUGCGUUUUCGCGGAUGGGGUCCUGGGCCACCUUUAAGGCAAGGCCCAGGUACCAGCCCUGGAUGUGCCGACUAGGGUGGGAGGAGCCUGGCACACCUGGAUGCCUGGGGGGGACUCAUCCAGCACGGCCAAGCCUGCCGGCGGAUUUUUUCCAGGGCACGCACCUCGCUGGCUGCCAAGGAAGAGGAAUGAUGCCCACAUCACACACACACGCCCUCGCCUCGGGCACCCAGUGGGAAAGGGCGGCACGAUCAAUGGCCCACGCCAAGCCCUGCACCGGCUCCAGCGGGCUCUGCAGUGAAAGAGAAGAAGGAAGAAGCAAAAGUCCUACUUACCUAAUUGCCAAGAAGGUCGCGCUUCGUAUGCAAAGCCAGCAUUGUUCCCGCCCCCUUGCAAAGGUGUACGUACAUGGGACCUCCCGACGUGAGAUUAUUGUGUAGUUAGUUCCUGCGCUAUCCUCCCCGAGGACGCAGGAGCCAAAGGGAACCAAUACAAAACGUGGAGAGAAUAAAGGAAAAACAGCCGAUUCUGGCCAGGCAGGCCAAUCCCCAGACCAUUAGUCCGUGGACGCGAGAGCCGAGGGCGGUGGAGCCCGAUGUCAGGUGUCCGGGUGACCACACACGCACCUCGCUUGGCCCC